AUGAAAGGGCAACCAACCAAUUGUUGGUUCUGUUGUAACCAUUGGGGCAUAGGCAUGGAGAUAACAGAUCUUACAAAAGAGGAAGUAGAGAGGCUAGUGAGCGAGUUGAUGGCUGGAGAGAAGGGGAAAGAGAUUAAGAGAAAAGCAAUGGAGUGGAAGAAGUUGGCUGAAGAAGCCACUAGUCCAACUGGGUCAUCUUACAAUAACUACUAUGAUAAAGUGGUUGCCAAGGUGCUCCUCUCCAAGCUUCAGUAA